AUGAUUUUCCACAUCUUAAUUCCAAAGCCCCCUGGCGUCCUUGAGUGUCUGGAUCUGUUCAACCCCAAGCCUUGGAAUUUCAUCUCUGCAGGAGCUGACGCAGAGUGCCAGAAGAUCCAGAAGGCUUUGCUGCGUCAUUCUGAGAGGGUGUUGCAGGAUGGCUAUUUCAUAGAGCUUGUGGACCUGCUGAUUUUUUGCAAGCAUUUGCAGGUGAUGCCGGUUUUCUACUUCAACACAGAAAAUGUAAUUGAAGAAGCGCGGCCAGCAAACGAGUACCUCAACAAUAUUCUAGGGCCUCAAUUUGCAGGCAUGCAGUUUUGGCCCCCGACUCAGGCAACUUGGGCGAUAGCAGUCACACGAUCAGACUUUGCACCGUCAAACCACCCCGCAGCUUGGAACCACUGGGCGGUUUGCUGGGGGUCCAAGAGCCUUUCGCUGGCUGAGCGGCUCCAGACUUUGCAGAAUGAAGCUGAUGAGCGAUCAGCGCACUACUUGAAGUUGGUGCAGUCUGCUGAUGCUGAAGACGAAGCUGUGGUGGACAGCUUGCUGGAGCAGAAACAGCAGGAGUGUGAAACGAUUUUCAACCUUCAGAAGUUUACCCGGCGACUGCAUUUGAUCAGCAAGCUGUUCCCUUGCAAUGUUCUUGGAGACGGGAAUUGCGGCCUGUGGGCCCUCCUGUCUCUACUGAAUCCUGACCGUUCUGAGGAGCUAUUGAAGAAGCCUUCCACUGCUUUCGCCUACAACCACACAGAGAUGAAAUCCUUGCGCCAAACAUUGUCAACGUUGUGGAGCACUGUGGCAAGAAGCCUAGAUAGCGCUGAGAACCAAGCAUGGGCAAGGAUGUUUCAAGUCUUCGCAUCAGACAUUGCAAAUCCAGAUGCUGAUUGUGGUGAGACUGGUGUGCAGCGUCCUGGAGAUGCUGAUUGUGGUGAGACUGGUGAACCUGGUGAGAUUGGUGAGCAACGUCCUGGAGACGCUGAUUGUGGUGAUACUGGUGAGCAACGUCCUGGUGAUUGUGGAGAUCCACCAGACUUGCCCAGCACACCACGCAAAGAAUCUGAUCCAAACGCGCUGCGCCAGCUGUUUGUGAAUUUUACUCCCCCACGUGUCGCGCCAGCGGCCCGGCGGUUGCCUGCUGCGGGGAUACUUCGAGAGCGGAUCUCUCACGGGCCCAGCCUUCCCGUGAGCAAGGUUUUGUCUGGACAAGCCGAACAAGCACCUGCCCAGAAUGCAUCAAAGGCAACAAAGAUCAAGCAGGAGCCGGGUGAAGUCACUGUGAAGCAGGAGGUCCAAGUCAAAGAGGAGCAGAUGGAGUUGGUAGCUGUGAAAGAGGAGGUGAACGGUGCGAGCGAGACGAAAAGGACAAGAAAUCGGAAGAGGAAGAGGGGAAAGAAGCGCACAGAGGAGGAGAUCAGAGAGCAGAAGGAAAAGCAGACAGCAGCAUGGCGGAUCAAAGCAUGCCGGGCUCAUUUGGCAAACCUCCGGAUAUAUUCUGGUCGCUGGCUGAGUGUCCACAGUCACAGGAUGGUCUUGAGAGGGGCACCCAGGUGCAAGGUAGGAGGGUGGAAGAAGUUGAUGCUGGAACUCAUGGAAGGCAGAGUGCCUGAUGAUUGUGACACCUGCACCAAGUUCUUGAAGGAUCAGAAAUUCAACAUGGAAGCCUUGCAGAGGGACAUAGAUCCGGCCACUUCGAAGAUUUUUAGCAUUGACGAUGGCAAUGAUGAGAUUGAUGAGCAAGAGGUGAGCGAUGAUGACAUUGGUGAUGAAGGUCAGCAGAAAGAGCCAAAAGCGUUCCUCCUGGUAGCGAAGGACCCCCAUGUCACCCUUCUUCAGGCCAACACUCACAAGAAAAGGUUUCCGGUCAUGUGCAACCUUUGCAAAAGGAACUGCAACAACAAAAAUUCAAUAUUUGACCUGGUUAACCCCAAGAGGGGCAAAUGGUACUGGCAACACGUCCGUGCCCCAACACACAAGAACCGAGUGGCUGAAUAUGAAUUUGAGCAAAGCAGAAAGGCUCCUGCUGAACCUAGCACAUCUAGCACAGAGAUCACAGAGAUUUGCGCUGGAUGUUGUGUUCAGGAAUGCGCUCCCAGUUCGAAGCUUGGUGAGGUGGUUGACCACUUCCGGCUUUGGGCAUCCUACAGUUCUCCUGGCAACAUCGCUUCGCAGAACCCCGGGCACCAGUACACUUUUGAUUUCAAAAAUGACAAGCAUAUCAUUGUACAUCAAAAGUGCGAAAGGGCCUUGCUUCGUGCCACACCCGGGCAGCGAACUAUGUGCAAGAAGUGCAGUGGGCUGCAGAACGAUCGUUCUUUGGUGCGCAUGCUUGCACGCUUCUACAUGAAGCAUUGCGCAGCCCGCACCUUGGCACGGAUGGGAUGA